AUGGCUUUUUCUCCUGUCAAAUGCUAUUUAUCAGGAAUCAGUUUUGUCAUUAACUUGCAUGGUUGGCAGAAUCCAGUGGAUUCAUUUAUUAUUAAGAAGUUAUUGGCUGGUUACAAGAGAUAUUCCAUUUGGAUCAUUGGCUCAUCAAUUAUUCAUUGGGCUCACAUAUAUGCGAAGAAUUCAAAUCAAGAGAAUCUUGGGCAGGAGUCUUCCAACAUCUUGUGGCAUGGAAUUCGGGGUAUGGUCUGGGAGCAAUUAUAUCCCACAAUUGAAUUUUUGUUAGCUCGUAACAAGCCAACAAAGAUUAUUAUUAUACAUUGUGGGGGCAACAAUAUUGGUCAGGCUCACAAUCCAUUAAGGGGUCUUCAAAAAUAUUACAAGACAACUUUGGCAAAUAUUGCUAAUUUACUUCCACAAACUUUUAUUAUUUGGUCACGUAUUUUGCCUCGAAAUAAUUGGAUUAAUUGCCUUGCAAAUACAGAAGGACAAAAGUGUAGACGUAGAAUUAAUAGUGCUUGUGCUACAUUUGUGCUAAAUAAGUUUCAGGGUCGGGGUGCAUCAGUCAGUUAUCCAGAUAUUAAAGCUCAAUGCAAGGAUUUAUUCAGAAAAGAUGGAGUUCAUUUGUCAGAUUUGGGAAACAGUAUUUUUAUCAAUACUUUGAGAAAUGCUUUGGAUCAUUUCAUUGGUUGUAAUUUUGUUUCGACAACAUUUCCUUGAUGCUUGUCAUGAGCCAAUUGUGUGCGAGUUGCACCUUUGUCAUUUUCAAUGCAAUUUGUUUUCAUAUCAAAAUUUAAAUGUAGGGCGCAAUUUGUGCCUCUUCACUAAUUUAGUUAUUUGGUGCAAUUUGUACCUAAUUUGGUGCACAAUUUGUGCUUUAUGUGACUUUAUCCGAUUUGGCAUAAUUUUGGUGCAAUUUGUACUUAACUUGUGCACAAUUUGUACUUUUAUUGUUACUUUGGGUUGCAAAAUUGCCGCCCCCAUUUGAGUUUGUGGCGGAUGGGUCAUGGGACUUGGUCCCUUGACCCAUUU